UCUAUGAAGUAAUAGCUCACCACCAGCCAGGGUUUAAACUACUUUUGCAGCAUCACUUCACCUGUGGACUCUUCUAAAUUUUGCUUGCUUGGGGAAAAAACUGGGGUAAGAGAGAAGGUCAUUUUUAAGAAGUUAGCAUCCUUCUCCCUCUUUGACAAGUUGAUGCAAAGGAUAAGGCUGUGACUCCAUUGGAUUGCGCCUUCAAAUCAAAAUAGGAGAAGCAAAAGAAGACAGGGACAAUGGCUUUGAGUGGAAACUGUAGUCGUUAUUAUCCUCGAGAACAAGGGGCUGCAGUUCCCAACUCCUUCCCUGAGGUCGUGGAGCUGAAUGUUGGCGGUCAAGUUUAUUUCACCCGCCAUUCCACAUUAAUAAGCAUCCCUCAUUCCUUCCUGUGGAAAAUGUUUUCCCCAAAGAGAGACACGGCUAAUGAUCUAGCCAAGGACUCCAAAGGAAGGUUUUUCAUUGACAGAGACGGAUUCUUGUUCCGUUAUAUUCUGGACUAUCUCAGGGACAGGCAGGUGGUCCUGCCUGAUCACUUUCCAGAAAGGGGAAGACUGAAAAGGGAAGCUGAGUAUUUCCAGCUCCCAGACUUGGUCAAACUCCUGACCCCUGAUGAGAUCAAGCAAAGCCCAGACGAAUUCUGCCAUAGUGACUUUGAAGAUGCCUCCCAAGGAAGCGACACGAGAAUCUGCCCUCCUUCCUCAGUGCUCCCUGCAGACCGCAAGUGGGGCUUCAUUACUGUGGGCUACAGGGGGUCCUGCACCAUGGGCAGAGAGGGGCAGGCAGAUGCCAAGUUUCGUAGAGUUCCUCGGAUUUUGGUUUGUGGAAGGAUUUCUUUGGCAAAAGAAGUCUUUGGAGAAACUUUGAAUGAGAGCAGAGACCCUGACCGAGCCCCAGAAAGAUACACCUCCAGAUUUUAUCUCAAAUUCAAGCAUCUGGAAAGGGCUUUUGAUAUGUUGUCAGAGUGUGGAUUCCACAUGGUGGCCUGUAACUCCUCAGUGACAGCAUCUUUUGUCAACCAAUAUACAGAUGACAAGAUCUGGUCAAGCUACACUGAAUACGUCUUCUACCCUUCCUGUGUGGGACCCGGAUGUGCUAGAACCUGCACCCUACUGAGUUUAACCCGAGGUGAGCCUUCCAGGUGGUCAUCCUCACACUGCCACUGCUGCUGCAAGAGCACCGCAGGCGACAAAGAAGGGGAGAGUGGCACGUCUUGCAACGACCUCUCCACCUCUAGCUGCGACAGCCAGUCUGAGGCCAGCUCUCCGCAGGAGACGGUCAUCUGUGGGCCCGUGACACGCCAGACCAACAUCCAGACUCUGGACCGUCCCAUCAAGAAGGGCCCCGUGCAGCUGAUCCAGCAGUCGGAGAUGCGGCGGAAAAGCGAUCUGCUCCGGACUCUGACUUCGGGCUCCAGGGAGUCGAACAUGAGCAGCAAAAAAAAAGCUGUUAAGGAAAAGCUCUCCAUUGAGGAAGAGCUGGAGAAAUGCAUCCAGGAUUUCCUAAAGAUCAAAAUCCCAGAUCGGUUCCCCGAGAGAAAACAUCCUUGGCAGUCUGAACUUUUACGGAAGUAUCAUCUAUAGGGGAGGGGCGGGGGGCGGGGCAAUGGGAGAAGAAAGAAAUCAUGUCACCAUUUGGAAAUAAACCUCCUAGCGAAAUUCACAUUUGAAAGAAAAGUAACAACUAACAAUACGUUUGUGAGAACACAGUAGCCCAUCGAUACACUACUGCCUAUUUACCUAGUUCACCUUAACAUUUAAAUCCACAGGGUAGAUCUCUUUCCAGAUGUGGAAUUAUAAGAAAAUCUCUUUUUGGUUACUUGUUUGUUUGUUCACUGGGUUCCGUGUGCUGAGCAUCUUACGUAGAAGGAGAGCCAGCUACAGAGGAGUAGCUGAGAGGCCUUGGGAGUCCUCUCUCCCCAACUGGGUUUUUCUCUCAUCUUCUCCCUCCCUCCUUUGAAUGAGAGCAUGGUAGAAAGAGAUCUGGCCCAAUGGCAUAGGUUCGGGUUUUUUUAAUUUUCCUUUUCCUUUUUGUUUAUGGGGUGGGGGGGAAUGGCAGAUUUAUAUGACUUUUCACUCAAAUCUAUUAUGUGCCAGUUUAUAUUGACGACAUGCGCAUGAGUAUUUGUGCAAACACAAGCACAACGAUGUAUGUACAUACACAUAGUGCACAUGUCCCCAGGGCCGGGGCAUCCUAAGGGGAUCACCCCUGCUCCCAGCAGCAACCUCUUAGACUCCUUCAGACAGAGGAGUCUCAGCUCCUUUCUUAAAACCCUUCUGGGAAGAUUUCCCAGCCUCUUUGGGCAACACUUUCUACCAUCAGGUAACCCUCGUCGUCAACAAAUUGUCUUCCUUAUUUUGAAAUGAACACCCUCAGGCUCCAUAGUACGGUUUUGCUCUUUCUCUGCACUAGGAGAGGGUGAGAAGAGCUAGUAAAACAUUCUUUGUAUUAAAGAAACAGACAUUCUUAGCCGUGAAAAUUCUCCCUGACCCCACACUCAGCCUUCCCCACCCUGAGCUGAGUUACCUUCCUUCUCUCAAUGUUUUCAGAGUCCUUCCUGCCCACGUUUUAAUGGCCUGGGCUUUUCAUGUAAUCUGCAUUCAGUUCUCUGCGUCCCUAUAUGGCUGUGGAAGUAAGAACAACACACAGGACUUGAAUAGGGGUCCAGCCUUUUGUUUUGUUUCUUUAAGAAGCACUUGUAUUCCACACUCUACCUGAUUUCUCAUAGCCUUUUCAAACUACAGUGCUACAUUGUUACUUCCUGGUAGCUGGUCUUGUCUUUAGUAUUCUGGGAUUUGGCUGUGUCUGUACUAUGAUGUGGCUGUCAUUUCCUUGAUAUGAAUGCACAACCCAACUGGAUAACUAGAGCUUGAAAAUGAAGGUUUUGGCUUUCUAAGCUAUCUUUCUUGAGUCCAUCUUUGGCCUGUAGAGACACAGCCAAAAAGAAACUGUUAAUAGCCAUCUAUCCAUAUGGUUCUGUAUUCCAUAAAUGUACUAAUAGGUCUUUCAUAGGCUUGUGGUAAAUGAGGAUGAAAAGACCAGUUUUUAUUUUCAGCAUCCCUUAUGCAUUUCAGUGGGAACUUAAACAAUAAUUUGUCAAUCAUUGUUUGUGUGCCAAGCACUCCUAUUUUUAUUUUUUUAUUGUGUGUGUGUGUAUGUGUAUAUGUAUCACAGGUAAUAAAGGCAACUGGAUGACGUCUGUAGGAGGGAAAAGUAAUGACCACUCGCUUCCUUUUGAAAUAUUUUGUUGAUGCACAUUUAUUAUGUAAGAGGUUCUCUCUUGAUUCCUGUUACUAGUGCCUAUUUAGUAUAUGGAUAUCUUUCUGAAUUUUUGUAAUUCUUGCCCUCACCUCUGGGCGACAAACGCAGCCAAUGUUUUCCUGUCCUGAGGUUCAAAUGGAAUUUAAAGGUCUGCUUAAGUGAAAAAGAAAGUUCA